UCGGAAAGUUCGGAACUCGUGGUCGUGGAAAACUGGUUCGUGAACAUGUGCGAAUAAGCGUUCGUCGUUACUCGCUCCUAGUGUCAGGUGGAUUCUCAUGUUUACAAAAUCGGGUAUCCUUUAUUGGAUCAUGCUAAAUUAAGUGGUGCGGCUGUGUGCUUUGUGAAUCUAACUUCCGUUGUAUUCGAUCGUAUGUGGCAAUAGAAACGGAGACAAGCUUCGACAAAUUUCCAUGUUUGGUACCUGGGCUAAUCCGAAUGCACCGGACGUGAUCCUGGAGGUAGGACCACAUCCUUGCAGCACACGUUACGCUGCUCAUGCCGCACUGCUCGCCACGCACAGCGGAUAUCUCAGAGCUGCUAUUCGAACGCUGGAUCAACACCAAAACAAUCCAGCUGGCCCAUUACGACGAGUUCUACAACAUCAUUCGGGAGUUGGUACAACGGCGGAAAUAUGCUCGCUACCAGCCACACCGAACGCGACCUCCUUGCUGUAUCUGCCGAAUGUGACACCGGAGCAAUUCACACCGUUACUAUCGUACAUGUACACAGGCUAUCUGGAUCUUACGAUGGACAACAUCUUCGGAGUUCUUCUAGCGACCCAUUUGCUUCAUAUGCCAAGGGCACUUGAGCUAUGCCGGACGUAUCUGUCGUCAUCCUCCAAUGCUACUAACGCUUCUACUUGCACUUCCAUAUCCGGCGAUUCCUCCUUACAGCAGCGCGCUUAUUUUAACACAAAGCCAGAAGCAGCAGUGAGUUCUGCAUUUGCAGCAGCCAACAGCACAUCCAGACUAGUUCGUCCGAUUGCGAGUAAAGCGAUGGCGACUGUGGGAUUAAGUUUUAUUGCACCUCCUACCGCAUCGCAGAUAAAUCUGCUUCCAAGUGCAUCCUUCCGCAGUCUCGGAGAUACGGUUCAUGACAUAUCAAGUGAACAUCCAGAGGAAGCAGAGCCACAGCACGAAGCUCAUUCCCCUUCACAAAGUCCCAUAAGUGUAACGCGAUAUGAGGAAGAAAGCAUAGCGCCUUUGUCACCACAAAGUUCGCCCCUCUUAGAAAGCGACACCAAAGAUAUUAACGACGAUCGCAAAUGUAACGAAAAUAUAUCCAAGCCAGAAGAUACGCUUGGUAAAACACACGACCGUACUUCAGACGUACCCGCAACACUAGAUUGCGAGAAUCGAUCGAAAAACAAUCAUCCCAAAACUUUCGCCAAACGGCAGAAGGUUCAUCAGCCAGACGUGGCUAAUGACGGUACAACAAAUGGAGUGAUCGUCGAUAUUGCGAGCUGUGAUGGACCUGUACGAUUUCGGAGGGUGCUAAACGUCAUGUACGGUUGUAACAAAAAUAACCGAACGGCAGACUAUUCGGAAACAUCUAAAGAGGACGCAUUCAGUUUAGCAGACAACGGAAGCAAUGCAAAGAAACGAGCUUCACGAUCAUUGCGCUAUGCAUCGUCCUUUCACCAACAGAUGGCGCGCAACAUCAGCAACACAGGAAAGCUCGCGUACGAAAGCUCGUCCUCGUCGUCGAACAGUAGUUCUCAAAAAUAUCAACACCAGCAAACCCGGCUGCAGUCAGCUGUUGCUGCUCCACAAUUUGUACUGUCGCAGGAUGACGAACAGAAGGACGAAAACAGUCAAGAGGACGUUGCAGCCUGUAAUGCGGAAUCCAUCGCCGAUACUGCAGGAAACGCCAGCUACACUUGUGUGUACUGCAAACACACAUUUAAAUCGCAUUACUGUUACCAGAAGCACGCUAAAAGACACCUUAUACCUCUCUGCCUGGACAACAAAUCAACUACUGCAGCCUACAGCGCGUCCACGGCGAAACAUGCAUCACACACAGCAGCUGGUCACCCGAGGCCGGCGGUGUACGAUGCACGUCGCCGAUCACACCAAAGUUCCAGUUCCACCACCAACAGCGGCGGCAGCGGGGGCAGCAGUAAUGCAUUCAAAAGGGAAGUGAAACCCCUCGACAUGAACGUGCAGUAUUAUCCGUGUAAAACGUGCGGUAGCAAGUUUCCUAGUUACUAUUUUGUGCACAAGCAUAGAAAACUUUGUCACACAGAGGACGAAGACGAUACGACAAACCUCAGUACAACAAGUACGGCUUCCACGAGCACGCCUGUCGGCAGCAUUUCCAAAGAGAGCCACGGGACGAACGCUGUUCAAGCGGAAUCUAGCACUGGUGCCGAAGCGCGGUUAGAGUUUCUAGCGAAUGUAGAUCGCACACCGCCCCAAGUAGUAGAGCCGCAUUAAUAAUUGUAACGAGCUUUUAGAUACUGUUAGAGAUUCGUAGCAACUUAAAUCACCUUCAACUUUUCAUGGAACACCGACAUGACAUACAUAUCCCAAAUAUCACAGAUAUAGAAAGCAAAUGUAGGAAAAUAAAGACGUAUUUGCAAACUGAACUCAACCACAACGAAACUGUUAUUAAAUAAUUUGGGAUAAAACUGCAACAAAACUCCCUUUUUCUAGCAUCUUUGGAAUGAAAAUAAAUGCAUUCUUUCUCGAGGAAGGUGUGCACGGGUACCUUCUUACGUA